GUUCUUGCCAGACAGCCCCGACCGCGGUGGCGGCGGAGGCGGUGGCAGAGGUGCGCUGGGAGCAGCCAUGGCGGGGGUCGGUGCUGCCUGCUGUCCGCCGCCCGACGUGGACACGGACGACUGCCUGCCCGAGUACCGCCCGCUGCUCAGCCCCGACGUGCUGCGGGGCAGAGUCGCUCUCAUCACAGGGGGCGGCUCCGGGAUUGGGUUCCGGACUGCAGAAAUCUUCAUGAGGCAUGGCUGCCAAACGAUCAUUGCCAGCAGAAACCUGGAGAAAGUCACUGAGGCAGCUAAGAAGCUGGCAGCUGCUACGGGUCAGCGAUGCCUGCCUCUUUCUUUAGAUGUGAGACAGCCCCAAACAAUUAUAGCAGCUGUGGAUGAGGCUCUGAAACAAUUUGAACAAAUCGACAUCCUCAUUAAUAAUGCUGCAGGAAACUUCCUGUGUCCAGCCAGUGCAUUGUCCUUCAAUGCCUAUAAGACGGUGAUUGAUAUAGAUACCCUUGGCACCUUCAAUGUCUCCAAAGUGCUAUAUGAGAAAUGCUUGAGGGACCAUGGUGGGGUUAUUAUUAACAUCACGGCAACCCUGGGUUACAGAGGGCAGGCUCUCCAAGUGCAUGCUGGGACUGCCAAGGCGGCUAUAGAUGCAAUGACUAGGCACCUGGCGGUAGAGUGGGGGCCCAACAAUAUCCGGGUCAACAGCUUGGCCCCCGGCCCCAUUUCAGGCACUGAGGGAUAUCGGCGGCUUGGUGGCAAACACUGUGAAGCUAGCAGCCGCUUCAAUUCAAUCCCUCUCCAGCGGGCAGGAAACAAGACGGAGAUUGCCCAUAGUGCACUGUACUUGGCAAGCCCAUUGGCAUCCUAUGUGACUGGCAUGACCAUGGUGGUAGACGGAGGGAGCUGGCUGACAUUAGCAAAUGACUUCCCUGCAAUGUUGGACCUUUGGGCCACAGAAGCUAACAAAGAUAAAUGAUGGACAGCCAACUGACGGGUGUGACUUUAACAAACAAGUAGAGCCUGGGAACAUCUCCAUUUCUGUGAGGCAUGACAGCAGAGGAGACA